AUGCCUACCCCCAACGCCGCCUCACCGCAGGCUAAGGGCUUCCGACGGGCAGUGUCCGAGCUGGAUGCCAAACAGGCAGAGGCCAUCAUGUCCCCACGGUUCAUCGGCCGGCGGCAGAGUCUGAUUGAGGAUGCUCGCAAGGAGAGGGAGGCGGCGGUGGUGGCGGCGGCAGCUGCAGCGGCAGCAUCCUGUUCGGAACCCGGUGAGGCCCUGGAGACUGUGCCCUUUCAGGAGAAGGACGGCCGGGCCCUGCUGAACCUGCUCUUCUCCCUGCGGAACACCAAGCCGGCACCCCUGUCACAUGUGGUGAAGGUGUUUGAGACUUUUGAAGCCAAAAUCCAUCACCUGGAGACUCGGCCAGCCACCAGGCCUUGGGGUGGGAGCCCCCACCUGGAGUACUUCGUCCGCUGUGAGGUGCCCAGUGCCAAUCUGGCCACACUGCUCAGCUCUGUGCGCCGGGUGUCCGAGGACCUGCGGGGCGUCAGAGAGGACAAGGUUCCCUGGUUCCCCAAGAAAGUCUCUGAACUGGAUCAAUGCCACCACCUGGUCACUAAGUUUGACCCAGACCUGGACUUGGACCACCCAGGUUUCUCGGAUCAGGCUUACAGGCAACGCAGGAAGCUGAUCGCCGAUAUAGCCUUCCAGUACCGGCAUGGCGACCCGAUUCCUCGAGUGGAGUACACAGCUGAGGAAGUGGCCACGUGGAAGGAGGUCUACACCACACUGAAGGGGCUCUAUGCCACCCACGCCUGCCGUGAGCACCUGGACGCAUUUGAACUGCUGGAGCGCUUCAGUGGCUACCGUGAGGAUAACAUUCCUCAGCUGGAGGACGUGUCUCGAUUCCUGAAGGAGCGGACAGGCUUCCAGCUCCGGCCCGUAGCCGGCCUGCUGUCUGCUCGGGACUUCCUGGCCAGCCUGGCCUUCCGUGUGUUCCAGUGCACCCAAUACAUCCGCCACGCGUCCUCGCCCAUGCACUCCCCCGAGCCGGACUGCUGCCACGAGCUCCUGGGGCACGUGCCCAUGCUGGCCAACAGGACCUUCGCGCAGUUCUCCCAGGACAUUGGCCUUGCAUCUCUGGGAGCAUCAGAUGAAGAGAUUGAAAAGCUGUCCACGCUAUACUGGUUCACGGUGGAAUUUGGGCUGUGCAGACAGAAUGGUGAAGUAAAGGCUUAUGGCGCGGGGCUGCUGUCCUCCUACGGGGAGCUCCUGCACUCCUUGUCGGAGGAGCCUGAGGUGCGACCCUUCGACCCCGACGAGGCAGCCGUACAGCCCUAUCAGGACCAGACCUACCAGUCUGUGUACUUCGUGUCUGAGAGCUUUUGCGAUGCCCGCGACAAGCUGAGGACCUACGCCGCGCGCAUCCAGCGCCCCUUCUCCGUGCGAUUUGACCCGUACACACUGUCCAUCGAGGUGCUGGACAGCCCCCGCUCCAUCCGGCGCUCGCUGGAGGCCGUCCAGGACGAGCUGCAGACCCUGGGCAACGCACUGAGCACCAUCCGCUAG